AAUGUUUAUUCAUUGUGCUCUAUUUCAGAAGCUGCUGGAGCUAGUUAGCUAGCCGGCUACCUGCGAUUUAUCACUUUAUUUACUUUAGAUGCAGGUGAAUGAAAUCGCCUGAAUCACCUGUUUCUUCAUCUAUUAAUCUGUUCUACAUGAGCGUCGUAAUCACUGUGGAAAAAAGAAACCGAUAAUUGUUGUUUUCUUAUGUUUAUAAGUUUAUUAGCAGCUGAAUUAAAUCAAUGAAACAUCAGGACACGUGUGUUUACCUGAUCAUGAUGAUUCUCUCUACAGUCAGGAUUCAUCUUCAUCUGCUAUGAAAGGAGCACUUUGCACUUUUCACUUUUCACUGCAGCUUCUGUUGUGAUUAUGUGUGUGUUGUUGUUUUUUUGUUUAACAAGAAACAAGUUGAGAUAAAGAAUAUAAUGAUAUAAGAGUCUCCUGUACGGUGGCUGGGAAGUGCAAAGCAAAAUUACAAAGUGUUAAAUUACUUUAUUAGAUUACAAAAUCUACAGCAGAAAUGUGAGACAAAUUUACAUUUUGAAAAACAUUUUUACAUUUUAUGAAACAAAAUCACAAAACCAAAAACACUUAGAGGACAAAACAAAUUUACAAGAUGUGAAACACUUUUAGAAUCACUGAGACAAAGUCACAAAGAGGCAGAACACUUUCAUCACUUCAGUCCCCAAACAAAUUUACAAAUGACAGAAUCUUGACGGAAAGCGAAUGUACCGCAACAAAAUGAAACAAACAAAAUGACCCCCUCACUCGAUCACUUCCGGGUCCACUUCCGACAUUUGGUACAUUCCCAUUUUGUCAAGAUUCUGUCGUUGGUAAAUUUGUCUCAUCGAUUGUAAAUGUCUUUUUCAAAAUGUAAAUUUCUCUCACAUCUGUAAUUUUGCUUUGCACUUCCCAGCCACCGUACUCGUGGCCAAAAGAGGCAGCAGCACAAUUGACAGAGUUCCAGCUCACACGCCUUCAUUCAUCUCUCUUUAAGUUCGCUGAGACUCUUUGUGAAUAUUUCACCAGUGAUUGUGCGUCUGUCACGAACUGGCUCGAAAUAUCCUCGUCAUCACAGAUCAUGGAGUCAGAGGAGACCGGAUCCCCUCCGUCUGGUUCGGGGUCGACUGAAGUCUUUAACUCCAUCCGGGAGCGCACCAUCGCCGAGAACAGCAUGGUGGUCCUGCUGCAGGGCCUUCAUGGAGAGGUGACCACGGUAGACCUGAGGAACGAGAGCUCUGCGCGGGGCUGCGUGGUCAACGUGGACGCCUUCAUGAACGUCCGUCUGAAGGAUGUGGUGUACCGGGACAGACGGGGUCAAGUCACACAGCUGCAGGAUCUGUUCAUCACGGGCAGGAACAUCCGCUACGUUCACAUCCCGGACCAUGUGGACAUAAUGAAGACCAUCGAGAGCCAGCUGGCCAAGAUCCACAGAGUCCGCAACUUUGCCAGUCAGGGAGGAGGCAGAAAAGAGUUCAAGACGAAAACAAAAUAAUGUUUUUGUUUUCUAAAGGACAGAAAAAUUCUGUUGACUUCUGCAUGAGCUACGUUCCCGCCUCCUGUCCAAACUUUCCUUCACACUAUGUUUGACUUUUUCACUUUUUCACACCAAAACCUGACAGAAGGAAUCAGUCUGUGACGCAGACUUUGAACAAUUUGAGGCAAAACUUGUGAUGAAAGGUCAGAGGUUGACAUUACAGCUAAAAUGUUAGUUAAUCAAUUAGAUGGUAAACAGAGUGGGUGACGUUUUGUCCUCCUGUGUUACUAGAGAAUUCUGACAUCGUGCACCCAGCAGGUAAAAUGUGAGACUGAGGUUAAGCAGGUUUAAGAGUUUAAAACGUGUUAGUGAUGAAUCAGUUUGCGCUGUCAUUGUGAGUUCACCAAGGUCGAGAAUGACACUAUCGACUGGGGACGUUUUCUCACAUAUUUGUAACAAACAAUCUUUUUUGGUGCCUUGUAAUGUCUCAGCUGACGUUAACGUUGAUGACAGUAUAUCUGAUUCUUUAAAGGAACCUCUGGACCCGUUAAACACUGAGUGUUUGUGUUUUCUGUUUGUUGUAUUUUUUAGUUUUGAUAUUGACACUACAGUAGGAGGUAAUUUUCAAUUUGUUUUACAGAAAUAAGAGUCAUGUUUUGGAGUUGCGUUCAAGAAUUUGGAAUAAAGAUACAUACAAUUGCUUCAAAGAA